AUGGCACGAUUAUCUCGUAUCCUGAUACUGGGCAUUUAUAGGCGUUCUUAUUCUUCUUCUGAGGGUUUUCUCGGGUGUGUAAAAUCAUUUUGGUACAUGCACUAUUUGUAUCCCUUUCUGCUUCUGUCUGAUAUUUUUGUAGAUAAUUUUUUUAUCUGGCAGAACCGUCAGAUAAGUUGUCAUUCUUGUUUUCCCCUUCGCUGAUUUUUUUGGUUUUCAGGAAGAUAAGAAUUCUCAUGAAAUUCUUUGCGCUGUAUGAGGCCAUAACUUUUCAUUUUUAGUAACUAAGGAUAUAUAUAGUGUUAUUAUCCCUUUUACGCCUCUCUUUUCUUGUUUUUACUGAUUUACAGAUGUUGGUUUUUCCAUCCGUUUCAUAAAAUCCUUCAGUGACACUCGUGUGUUCUCUAGGUAGAUUGCUUGUUAAUUUAGCGAGUAUUUUACCCAUAUUUAAUAUUUUUAUCAAUCUGUAAUUCCUUUAGUGUUCAUUGUUUCCAUUUUAUUUUAUUUUUGCGUUUUUCUUCUAGUUCCUGCGAUUAAUUCCUGGCCAAUUGAAGCACCCAUUCGUGGAUCUUCUAUUUGAACUCUUAUAAUGAUUCUCUUUCAUGAUCAUUUUAUACUUUUCAAAAAGGUUCGGUCGGUUCUUGUUUUCGUAAUUUGAUCGUUGGUAUCAAUAUCUGGAGAUCAGAGCCUGUUAUUCUUUAUUUAUUCAUUUACAGAGAUAUUUGUAACAGAUAUUUUUGUAAUCUGAAGAGAUAGUUGCCCCUGUUUAACAUGAACUAGUAUUGUUGCUUGCAUUACAGGCUUUUGUGAAGGCUCUGAAGACGAGGGCAUACUUCAAGCGUUUUCAAGUAAAAUUCAAGAGAAGGAGAGGUCAGAGUUUGCUAUUUUAUUUUAGUUUCGUUCUAAUUACCAGGAUUUAUAUUGAUAUUUUUAUUUUAUUCGUACAGAGGGGAAAACUGAUUACAGAGCUAGGAUCCGAUUGAUCAACCAGGACAAGAACAAGUACAACACACCGAAAUAUCGGUUUGUUGUACGAUUUGUAUCCUUAUCAUGUGCAGCCAUAGUUCAUUAUUUUGAAUAUAAUGCAGCUGAAUGUCUUAACUGUUAUAGCCUUAAUAACAUUGAUAGACGAACAAGGAUAUUGUGGCGCAAAUUAUUUCUGCUCGUAUUGCUGGCGAUUUAGUCCUUGCUUCGGCUUACUCUCACGAGCUACCCAAGUAUGGCCUGGAAGUUGGUCUCACCAAUUAUGCUGCCGGUAUUUUUAUCUACUUCAGCUUUUCAUGCUAUUUAUUGUACGUAUCCUGGAGCAUCAUAAUUCUAAGUAGUUUGAUUUCAGCUUAUUGCACCGGCCUGCUCUUGGCCCGCCGUGUGCUCAAGUUGCUUAACAUGGAUGCGGAAUAUGAGGGUAAUGUAGAGGUAUGCUAUCAUAGCUAAACUUCCAUAGAUGCCCAUGACAUUGUCGCCUAAGAGAUUUUCUGUCCGCUGACUUCGGCAGGCCACAGGGGAAGACUUUUCUGUUGAACCCGUCGAGAGCAGGCGGCCGUUUCGUGCCUUCCUUGAUGUCGGCCUCAUCAGGACAACAACGGGCAAUCGGGUCUUCGGUGCUCUCAAGGUGAAGUUCUCCGCACCCAUGGCUGUAAAUAAAAUUCUGCAUGUGGGUUUUUAGUUUUGUUCACGUCGGUCAUCUAUAUCCUUUGACUUUUAUAAAUAAAAUAUUGAUAUAUUUAAUUUUCUGUAAAAUGGAUUAUGACGUCCGAGUACAGAGAUCAAUUCCACCGUGGUGAAAUUAGUCAAUUCCCCUUUACAUGCUUGACGUGGUCUUCUGUUGACUUUUCUAGGGCGCCCUGGACGGGGGUCUCGAUAUUCCCCACAGUGAGAAGAGAUUCGCCGGGUUUAAGAAGGACGAGAAGCAGCUGGACGCCGAGCUCCACCGCAAGUACAUCUACGGCGGCCAUGUCGCCGCCUACAUGGCGGUGAGAACUCCGAGGAGCCCCAGAGUUCGCUUCCUCUGCUCUUGUUUUAUUUUUUCACUGAAAAUGGAUCGAUCGGCAGUCCCUGAUGGAGGACGAGCCGGAGAAGUACAACUCCCACUUCAGAGAAUACAUCAAGAGGGACAUCAGCGCUGAAGACGUGGAGGAGCUCUACAAGAAGGUCCACGCCGCGAUCCGCGCCGAUCCCUUGCCAGCCAAGUCCACGAAGGAAAGCCCCAAGGAGCAUAAGAGGUCAACCCCUCCCUCUCUCUCUCUCUCUAUAUAUAUAUAUAUUUCCAUCUCUCUCUCUCUUUCUCUCUCUAGAAUGGCGUCUGACGGCCACCUUUUCUCCGGCCGCAGGUACAACCUCAAGAAGCUGACCUACGAGCAGAGGAAGGCCGCCCUCAUCGACCGGUUGAAUACCCUGAACGCGGCCGGCGGCGACGGUGGUGACUCUGACGAGGACGAGGAUUGA